GAAGCAUGGCAUGAACUGUGAGGCAUUCCAGAGUAAAGAAAGGAGAGUCAUGGAUUGCUAUGCAAAAUAUGCAGCUGUCACUUUUGCCAUGUUGUCCGUAUCUCUGAAUAUUCUCCACUCUUUGCCAGAUGGAGACUUUAUCACACAGGGUUGCCCUGAAUGUAAACUAAGCCUGAACACACACAUGACAAGACUGUUUAGUGGGCGACCUGUUUACCAGUGUGUAGGAUGUUGUUUCUCAAGAGCUUAUCCCACUCCAAUGAGAUCAAAGAAGACAAUGCCAGUUCCAAAGAACAUUACUUCAGAAGCAACAUGCUGUGUAGCAAGAUCUUUCAAAGAGGCUCCCAUCCCAUAUUAUGAAAACACAAAAAUAGAGAAUCACACGGAUUGCCAUUGCAGUACCUGCUACUACCAUAAAUCUUGAGACCGCUACGAAUGGACCACAGAUGGCAUACAAGUUUUAUUCUGUUUGGUUUUGUAGCAACAUUGUAUAAGAUCUUAACAUUUCUGACAGAAAAAAAUAGUUUUUGGCUGGUAUCCUCUGCUCUUCUAUUUCUUCUUUCCUUCAUGCAUUGAGAUAAUCAGAUAAAUAUGCUUUAAC